UUGGUAGGCGGCGAGCCCCCCCAAAGCUCUGUCUUUCUCCCCCGACGCUCUGCCUCCUUCAGCAAAUGCCCGAAAACACACACAGUCCCAGGGAUUCGCUGGGGAGCACUCUUGGCAGCGGCGGCUCACAACUAAAUCUUAAUGCCGAUGAUCCUGCAAUUCCGCGCAAAUCGCAGCAUAACUUGGCGUCGGCCACCGGAGGCAACCCAGACGAGCCCCAUAGUGGACUGCCAGAGAAGGACAGAACGUCAACUAUCCCGGAGUCGUUGAGGAAAUCAGCGCUGGUAGACGAUCAGGCGUCGCUUCCCCCGAAAGAACAAGACAUAAUUGUCGUAGACUGGGAUGGUCCAGAUGAUCCCGAGAACCCAAAGAAUUGGCCGGAGAAGAAGAAGUGGGCGUCAGCAGUUUCAGUUUCGCUGUUUACGUUUAUAUCACCUCUGGCGUCGUCCAUGAUAACGCCGGCCAUCUUCCAAGUCGCCGAAGACUUGCAUAUAACGUCGAGUAUACAGAUAUCCCUGACGAUCUCGAUAUAUAUUCUAGCUUACGCUGUGGGCCCCUUGGUUCUUGGUCCAUUAAGCGAGAUCUACGGUCGCUCUCGGCUCCUUCAGCUCGCUAAUCUGAUAUUCCUCAUCUUCAAUCUUGUAUGCGGCUUCGCCAAAACCAAGGGUCAGCUUAUCGCCUUUCGCUUCCUUUCCGGAAUUGGCGGCAGCGCUCCAUUGUCCGUUGGUGGCGGAGUGCUCUCGGACAUGUGGAACGCGGAUAAGCGUGGCCGUGCCGUAGGCAUAUACUCUCUUGCCCCUUUGCUUGGCCCCGCUAUCGCGCCUGUUGUUGGCGGUUGGAUUGCCGAGAAGUCUACUUGGCACUGGGUCUUUUAUAGCGUCUCAAUCGCAGACGCUGUCGUCCAGCUCAUAGGGAUGAGGUACCUCAGUGAGACUUAUGCACCGGUGUUACUUCAAUGGAAAGCAGAUAAGAUCAGGAAGGAGCUAGCCGGUGAUACAGAGAAGGGCGAUCCGAGGCUCGUCAAGACGGUGUACGAGAUCCAGAAAGGCGAGAUACGCAUGAAAGAGUUCCUUAUCCAAUCUCUUUGCCGGCCAUUUGCGCUCUUUUUCCAGGAGCCGAUCAUCCAGCUAUUUGGUAUCUAUCUGGCCUUCGUGUACGGUACAGUCUACCUGCUGUUGACUACCAUUCCAACCGUCUUCACAGACGUGUACCACGAGAAGAUUGGCAUCGCCGGUUUACAUUACAUUUCCUUGGGUCUCGGCCUGACCGUGUCGGCGCAAAUCGGCUCGCGCGCCCUCGACCGAGUCUAUAGGCGGUACAAGGCGAAAAACAAUGGUGUCGGCAAACCCGAGUAUCGUCUCCCGCCCGCCAUCGUCGGCACGAGCUUUCUGCCCGUCGGCCUCCUCAUGACCGGCUGGAGCGCACAGGAGCAUGUGCACUGGAUUGUGACCGACAUCGGCUUCGCGUUCGUCGGCGUGGGAAGCGCGUCGGCGUUCCAGUGCCUGAACGCGUAUAUCAUCGACUCUUUCCCCAGGUACGCCGCGAGCGCACUCGCCUCCGUGACGUGCCUGCGGUCGCUCGCGGGCUUCGGCUUCCCGCUGUUCGCGCCGUACAUGUACAAGGCGCUCGGCUUUGGAAAGGGCGAUACCAUCCUUGCCGCGUUCUGCCUCGUCGUCGGUAGCCCCGCGCUGAUCCUCUUCUGGAUUUAUGGGGAGCGCAUCCGAGGAAUGAGCCGUAGGGCAACUACGGCACCCCCAGCUAUACCCAAAGCGUAGAUGGAUUUUAGCAUGGACUACUUUAUAGCUGCCGUAAUUUCCUUUAAAUGUACUGGACAGCGCCUCCCGCGGAUAUUAUAUUGUUAACUAUCUCUGCUGCUAUUCUCUUCGUUGCAUAGAACACACACCUUCAUUGUAUAUCGACGUCUUUGUGACUUUACAACGCAAUACAUUUCGUGUCUACGC